AUGUAUUGCUUACAGUGGCUCCUCCCCGUGCUCCUCAUCCCCAAACCGUUGAACCCGGCGCUUUGGUUCAACCACUCCAUGUUCAUGGGCUUCUACCUGCUGAGCUUCCUGCUGGAGAGGAAGCCCUGCACCAUCUGUGCCUUGGUCUUCCUCGCCGCGCUCUUCCUCAUCUGCUACAGCUGCUGGGGCAACUGCUUCCUCUACCACUGCCAGGACGCAUCGCUGCCGGACGCUGCCCACGACCCGGCCAUCGUCGGGACCUAGGAGACGACGACGACGAGGAGGAAGAAGGGGGAGAUAUUGAAGAGUAAAGGAGGAAGAGGAGGAGGAGGGAGGUGGUGGUGGUGGUGAUGGGAGAAUUACUGUAGAGUGAGAAACUGCCAUGCUGGAGGAAAGGAGGAUGUUUUUUUUUCGGGGGGAGGGAGGAGCGGUGAAAAAGACUGCUGAAAGAGAGAGAGGAUUACUGGAAAAGGAGGAAGAGGAGGAGGAGGCUGUGUUGCCAUGCUGUAAAGACAGAGACUUGAAUUUAAGGUGUUAAAAAGAGGAGGAGGAGAAGAAGAGGAGGAGACUUUCAUUUAGCAGAGAGGAGGAGGAGGAGAAGAAGAGGAGGAAGGGGGGUCAUGUGACGUGUGUGUGAACUCGGCAACUUUCCAGCAUUUUCAAAACAGGAUGAAAAAGUAGAUGAUAAAUAUAAAAAAUUAAAAAAAAUACACAAAAAUAAUUAAAUAAACAACACGAGACGUCAUUUUAAAAGUGACUCGCUGAGUAUUUUCUUUCGAGCCCGUCGGACUCGUCUACUUACAUCCGACUUGACGACAUUUCGACUCCGUUAAAUCUGCGUGGAAACUCCCGAAAACUGCCAAACAAAUGUAGCGUAACUCCCCCCCUUUUCCUUCUUUAGCUGAAGAUCAGAGGUCAGAGGUCAAAGUUCGGAUGUGUGAAGGAACGAGGAGAAGAGAGAAAAGAGAAACACGCUGACACUGGACAAUCAAAAAACUAUGCUGUGAAUAAUCCCCACCUUCAUCCUUCCUCCUCCUCCUCUUCCUCCUCCUUUUUGACACACACACACACACACACAGGAGAGAGAGAAGGUGUAAUAAUGCUGAGACCUGUUAUUACCCACUGUUACCUCUCCUCCUCCUCUUCCUCCUCCUCUUCCUCCUCUUCCUCCUCUUCUCUCGACCACCAGACUCACGAUCGGAGCUUUUUUUUUUCUUCUUCUUUUUUUUGGCUGUAUUUUCUCUUUUUUUCCUUUUUUUUUCUUGUGCAUGGGAUUGCAUUUAGGUUGUUUUUGUUUGUUUGUUUUUUUUCAAACAUUAAGGUCACACACACAUUUUAAUCCAUUAAAACAAAAUGCUGAAAGUUUCCAAAGGGUAGAAAAAUCUCUGCGUGUGUGUGUUUGAAUGUUUAAAUGAAUGAAAGACAGGUGUGUGUGUGUGUGUGUGUGUGUGUGUGUGUGUGUGUGUGUGUGUGUGUGUGUGUGUGUGUGUGUGUUUGUGUGUGUGUGUGUGUGUGUGUGUGUGUGUGUGUGUGUGUGUGUGUGUGUGUGUGUGUGUGUGUGUGUGUGUGUGUGUGUGUGUGUGUGUGUGUGUGUGUGUUUUCUUGUGAUCAUGACAUGCUGAUAAAAGCGUUAAAAAAAUGACAACAGUGAUACACAAGGUGACAAACUGUUUAAAGAAGGUCAGUAUUUUUUUAUUUUAUUUCCUGCAACAAAAAGCAAUACCGAAAAUUGACAAUUAGAGAAAGAAGAAGAAGAAGUUGUUUUAUUGGUUAAUCAAUAUCAUCAAUAUCAUCAAUAACAUGCUGUCAUGAGGUUUCCUUGUGUGUCACAGUUUUUAAGUGUUAUGUUUAGCUGUCAGACACAAGCUAAGGUGUUUAUACUGUGUACCUACUGGUGUGUGUGUGUGUGUGUGUGUGUGUGUGUGUGUGUGUGUGUGUGUGUGUGUGUGUGUGUGUGUGUGUGUGUGUGUGUGUGUGUGUGUGUGUGUGUGUGUGUGUGUGUGUGUGUGUGUGUGUGUGUGUGUGUGUGGCCUCCAGUCGCAGUGCUGAUAGCGCUCCACUGCUACAUGAUUGCUUUGGUUUUAAUUUAAAUAAAGUUUUUUUUU